AAAAAAAUCUUAACUGAAAAUAGAACAAGUGGCUUGACUGGCUCCAUUGGAGAUUUAAUAGUAGAAUCUAUGAGAAAAUGAGUCUCUGCCUUAGAAACAGGUGUCACAGCCAGUUACAGCCACAGCCAAGGCCAAGAAUACAAGGGAAACUAUCUGGAAGUAUCCUCCACAUGCCCCAGUUUCCCCAUCUGUCUGGUUGACCUAAUUGGUAGGGUGGGUUCAAACUUCACCUGGAUUUGGGGGUUGUGGGUAGAGAUCCUGGUCCAGAGGUAGGAAAUUGGAGCACAAUUUUGGAGUUUUAGUUCUCUCACAUAAGAAUUGCUUUUGCUGAGGUUUCGGAACUUUAUUGCCACUUUAAGAUCCCAAGAUGACCACCAGAGACCCACCUAAUCAGAAAGGAAAGGUCAAAUGAGGGGAAGGGCAAGAAGGCUUGGGCCAGCCCAGUUGCACUAACAUUGUAGAUGGCUCACCUCCAAACCUCUACUAAUUAACUCGGAUCAGAACUGUGUCCCUGUGCUUAGCUAGCUGCAAGAGAGUCUGGGAAAUUUGUAAUUUGAAUUAUCCAUCUCUGAUCCGUUAUUUUGGCCCUGACAGAGUCAGCCCCUCCCGUGAAGUUCUUUCCCUCUGGACAGACCCAAACCCCACCAAACCUACCAACAGCUGAGUUUAAACUGUCACAAGCUCCUCGCGCCCCAAACACCCACCAAAACAGUUCAAAUGGUUCAGCCAGGUCAAACUUGACCAUUCUGAGCACAGGCAAGAGAGAGGCGCAGCAAGACUCAGCCAGAGCGCCCCUCGCGCGCAUGUCGCAGGUGGUUGCAGCACCACCUGGGCCGCGCGCGACCGUUGGGGUGGGCGGGAGGGGGCGCGAAGGCAGACUGCGCAUGCCUACUGCCCCCUACCCGCCACCUGGUGGGGAGCUGCUUUAGCCCGGGUUGCUCCUGUCAGAGCUGCCCGCUGUGUCCCACCACACAGCUCCCGGGACUCAGGUGAGCGGACCGACCGCCCGGAUCCCAGCCGCAUUUGGGCCUGAAGGUCUCCUCGCUGGAGUCGAGGGUACCCUUCCCCGCCACCAUUCAUUCUAGGGGAGCGAGCCUUACAUUCACCGUGCGGGGUCGGGUGCCUGUGCUUUGCGGGAAGCGGGGGCUGAUUCCCAGGAUGGCGCCCGAAACUAGACCGGAGCACCACUAUGCGGUCUGGAGGUGCGCUCAAGGAUGCGGCCCUGGGGUCAACCCUGCUUACCUCCAUCCCCUCAUCUCCCCUGCCUCGGACAAAACAAAGCGCAGGACCGCGCUGGUUGCCCGAGCCUGAAGGGGGCCCACGCCCUUCCUUUCUUCCUCACUUUUGUGGCGCGGCUGGGAGGCUGCCGACUGGGCCAGGCAGCGUCAAGUGGGCACUCGCAGGGUCUCAAGGACCCUUUGGGGACACUGCAGUAGCACCUGACACAGCGAGGGCUCUGUGCUCAGAACAAGGCUGGGACCCCAAUUCUGUGUUGGGGCCUUGUGAUGUAGUCCAGUCUGUCACUCUGCUUCUCUGAGCGCCCUGUUCCUCAUGGGAUAUGGGAGUCCUGGUGACCAUAACCUAGGCCCCACCCCUAGGGUGUCCCAGCUGGGGCUCAGCCUGCGUGUACCACACUCUCAGAAGAUGCUAUCUGGGCACCUGUGGUCAUUACCAGCACUUGGCCAAGGGGAGAGCCUCUCUUAUAUUUCCCUGCCUCUGAUGAUGGCACCCCAAAUUUUCAGUUGAUCCAGCCCCAACUUGCCUUCCCCCUCUUCCACCUAUUCACCUCUAGAGACAGCCCACCAGUUUCAGAAUCUACCAGAACCUUGCCUGUCCUUUCCAUCUGCCCCACUGCCACCAUCUUCAACGGUGAUCUCUCUUUCCUGGUCUCCCCUCAAGUCUAUCUUCACAGCCACAUCUUCCUCUCUCUUCCCCAAAGGAUGGGUGCCUCCAAAGCUAUUUUCUCCUCUCUUCAUCCUGCCCCCAUUUUUGGGCAGAGACUUGCAGUGAACAUUUUCAGGAAUCCCUCCAUCUCACCCUGAUCUGCACAACCCAAACUCAUCUGGAACCCUGGAUCUGCCCCCAGACUACCAUUGCUCCUUGGUUUCUAGACUAUGGUAAUGGUGCACUCAAUGAAGGCAACUCCCAAACCAGACGGGGAGGCACAUUUAAUGAGUUAAUGGUGAUUUGCUUUUUUUGUAGUUUUUUUUUUUUUUUAUCUCUUUGAGACAGGAUUUCACUAUGCAGUUCAGGCUGGCCUUGAACUCACUUUGUAGCCCAGACUGGCCUCAAACUCACAUCAAUCCUCCAGCCUCAGCCUCCUAAGUGCUAGAAUUGCAGGCCAAUUUGCUAUUAAUAGCUAAUACAAAUUGAGCACCUGCUGUGUGCCAAUCCUCUUUAACAUGCAAGUUAAUUUCCUUAUUGUGUUUAUUGUCUCACACUGCUAGAAUCUAAAGCUCUCAAGGCCAGAUGAAUCUGUUUUGUUCAGUGCUGUAUCACAAAGUCUGGCAUACAGGAAAUGCUUGAAUUAAUUAAGGAAGAUUGAAUAAUAGUAAAAAUGCUUAACAUGGGGCUGGGGAUUUAGCUCAGCGGCAUAAGCGCCUGCCUUGCAAGCAGGCAGUCGUGAGUUCCAUCCCUGGUACCGAUAAAAACGAAAAAGACAAAAAAAAAAAUGCUUAACAUUAGCUGAGCACCUCCUACUGAAAUAUAUUUUACAUAUUUAUCUUGUUACCUAUUGCCAGACAAUAUGGAAUUAUAGACAAUAAUGUAGAAUAUAACAUUCAUAGGGGUCAGGGGUCAUCUAUUUUUUUUUAAUUUCUAUGUCCUUGCCACACAGGAGGUUUUCAGUAAAUAUAUUUUGAAUAGUUAAUAAGACUAAAUUCUAAUGAAAAUAGUUAAUAGACUAUAUAAUUAACCUAAUUUGUUUGGUUUAUUUAUCUCUUCAGAUACUAAUAUUCUUUUAGAACACAAACCCUGGGACCGAACUGGCCACCUGGAGGCUGUGUUUCAAUGUCCACUAAAAUAAACAAAAUCCUGCCCUCCCUCUGCAAACUUCACAGUACUUCAUAAAUAUGCUAAAAUUCAUUUAAUUGCACAUUUUAACUGGGUGAACUGGUGGUGCAUGUUUGUAAUCCCAGUAUUUAGGAGGCUGAGGCAAGAUGAUCCUUGACAGUUCAAGGCCAGUCUGAACUUUAUGGAAUAAAAAUUAUAUUUUAGUAAAGUGGCCUGAAAAAUACUGCCUUGGGGUUGAGGGGAUAGCUGAGUGGUAGGCAACCCUAUUGCCUGGUCCUGGGAUUCUCAGUAAAAAAAGAAAAAUCUCCCCUUCACAAAGUUGAUAUGAGGCGGGGAGAGCAACAUGAAUAAUGCAUGCUGUGUACUUGUCCUUUUAGAAGGAUAUUAGGUGGUGAUUAGCAUACCAUAAGUGCUCUACAAAGGUUAAUUCAAUGCUACUCACCUGUCCUUUUAGCCCCGGGUUUGCCCUGACCUCUCUUCACUGUUGUCUUUCUUCCAUCUUCACUAGCAGACCUUGCUGUUUAUCUCUUUCCUGAAUUGCCUUUUGGGGCAUGGAGCUGCCACUGCCACCAACUGAUGUCACCAUGAGCCCGGGCACCUGGAACCCCAGCUCCCAGGAGAGACCUGAGGCUUCAGUGCACAGCAAGGAUACUGCCAAGAAGUUGCCUGAGUACAAGACAGUGGUGGUUGGCGCUAGUGGUGUGGGCAAGAGUGCGUUGACCAUCCAGAUGACCCACCAGUGCUUCGUGGAGGACCAUGACCCCACCAUCCAGGAUUCCUACUGGAAGGAGGUAGCCCUGGACAAUAGAGGCUACAUUCUGAAUGUGCUGGAUACAGCGGGGCAAGAUAUCCACAGGGCCCUGCGGAACCAGUGCCUGGCAGCUGGGGAUGGCAUACUGGGUGUCUUUGCUCUUGAUGACCCUUCGACUCUGGACCAGCUGCAACAGAUGCGGGCCAGCUGGGGCCCUUGCCACACCCAACCCCUCAUCCUAGUGGGCAACAAGUGUGACUUGGUGACUGCUGCUGGAGAUGUGCAUGCCACUGCUGCAGCUCUCGCCCAAAGAUGGGGGGUCCCCUUUGUGAAGACCUCAGCCAAGACACGGCAAGGUGUGGAGGAAGCCUUUGCCCUGCUCAUCCAUGAGAUCCAAAGGGCCCAAGCAGCCAUGGCAGAGGCAGGGGAAGAGAGGGCCCAGCACAAGAAGGCUAUGUGUAGUUGUGGCUGCUCUGUGGCCUGAAGAUCUUGGUCAGGAAAAGCAGCUGCUCUCCCAGGCUAGGGUGGAGUUCACUUGAUGAAGAUACCUCAGAAGCUACUAAUAACAUGGACACAUCACUGGUGAUUGGGGAUGGAUGGACAGUUUUCUUUCUUGCAAUUGGUGAGGAGUUUUUGGUGAUAUGGGGUUGUCUGGAGUUUGCUGUGUCAUGCCAAUUUAAGAGAUUCUGUACAAGAUUAAGUAAAUGAUGUUUCCCGU